AUGAGUACAGUUGGCGAUUUGGAUAAUUUGCAGUACUAUGUCAACUUCACCGUUGGCACUCCCGGACAGCCGCAGUUAGUUUUUGUUGAUACUGGAAGCUCUAACACCUUUGUCUUGGCUUCCAACGCGUCUUUUUGCAAAGUCUCUGACUGUGACGGCGUCACUUUCGAUCUAUCCAAAUCCUCGACGUAUGAGAUGAUCAAGCGCGGAAGAUUUCAGCAACUCUUCAUGGGGACCAAGACCUGGUUCACAGGUGACUACGUCAGGGAUGUGGUUCAGAUGAACGACCUGGUGAUCUCAAAGCUCCCGUUCGGACUUGCCAGACAAUUUGGAAUAAUCUGGACGCCCCAUACAGGUGUCAUGGGUCUCGGCUAUUCAAGGCACAUGAGUAUUGACCACGACAAGAAAUUGCCCCCGAGCUUCCUUGAAGGGCUGGUCCAGGCCGGUGCCAUCUCUUCACGCCUUUACAGUAUAUAUCUGAACACUCUGGAUCAAUACGGCUCGAUAUUGUUUGGUGGACUUGACACAGACAAGUAUAAGGGCUCAUUGACCACGCUAAAUCUCGUGCGUCGUUCGCGCAAGGUGAAGAAAGUCGAUGACUUCCAUUUGUACCUCGAAGAGGUCAAGAUGCAACCCUUCAAUCAACCAAGCCAGACGAUCCUUCGCUCUACCAACGACAGUAAGAUUAUAACUCUGAUAGACACAGGAACUCCCGAUUGGCGAUUGCCGAGGGAUGCGUUCGUACAGGUCGUCAGACAUGCAGGGGGAAAGCUCUCAUCGGACAAGCACGAGGUGAUCAGGCCUUGCAGUGAAGUUGCUCGUGGUAUGGCCGACACCACCUACUUCGAUCUCACCUUUGCUGGGAAUGGAAGUAACACUGCAACUUUGCGCCUUGAACUAGCUGAUCUAUUCUCCCCGGUUCCGACGAAGGACGGCAGUGUAGCAACUGACGACGCUGGUCGACCAAUGUGCGAGCUAAGAGUCGUUGAAGCAGUUAGUGAUCAGUUUCUUUUGACCUCUAGCUCAGUGAUGCGAGCAGGAUAUUUUGUGUUUGACCUCGACAACGGCCAGGUGUCAUUGGCACAGGCCAACCUCGGAGCGAAUUCGUCAAAUGUGGUUCGAGUCGAAGCUGGACCACAGGGACUGAAGAAGGCCGCGAAGAAUCUCAUAGCUGAAACUCAAAGAGACGAGGUCGAAGGGCUGAAGCAGGUUUCGAUGGCUUAUGAGUUGUCCACUGCUACCAACACCGUCGGCUAUGCUACAGGCAUCAAGUCCUAUUCAGCUCCUACCGGUACUGGAGCUCGUGAGCCAUUGAAGGUCCACAACUCGUCUCGUGGCAGAGCCGAUCCACGCGUACGCCGUGCUGAGAAUGCCGCUGCCAUCACGAUGAGUUUCGGGGCUAAUGUGUUCUGGGCUCUCUGUGCCGCUGUUCUCGUGGCAGUGGGUAUUAUCGCAGUCUAG